AUAAUGCCUUUAUUUUGAAAGAGACUGUAUGUAAACGUUAAAUUUCCUGUGAAAACAGAAGUGUAUUUUGAAAGAAGACAAUGCAUUUAACAGGCAGAACUUUACACAGUGUCCCAGAACGUCAACAACCAAUGCAACCAGGGUACCUUGCAUGUGGUAUGUGGACAUAACCAAGCCUCAAUUUGGGAGGAGGUCGGAGUGAGAAUGUGUGAUAUGUUCUUGAUGUUCUGUCUUGGUGAGACGUGCUGCUGCAUUUUGGAUCAUGUGUUUUUUUUUCUUUUAAAGAUUUCUUUGAGAGGCCUGAGAACAAGACAGAACAAGCAGUAGUCAAGUCUGCUGGAGAUAAAAGCAUUAACAGGUUUGUCUGUGUCUUCUUCAGAUAAAAGAGGUUGCAUGCGGGCAGUGUUUCUAACAUGAAAAAAUACAUUUUAGGUGAUGUUUUCUUAUUUGGACUUCAAAACACAGGUCACGUUCAAAGAUAACACCAAGGUUCUUUACUUCAUGGUCUUUGUUCAAAGCCAGCCUUUGUAAAUGGCUAUUAAGUUAAGACUUCAGUUGCCAAUACAUGUUUAGGUCCAUCAAAGCCUUCAUAUUAAAAGAUGGGGCUGUAUGUUUUACACACUGGGCUGAUGCUUUCCCAUGCAGCGACUGUUUGUCCACUCUGUGACCCUGCCUCUUGACCUUUCCUCUCCAGGCUCCUCGGUGGUUUGUGCAGGCCUGUCCGAAGCUAUGCACAAACGGCCUGAGGAGGGCAGCUGCUGUGUCACUGGAGAACUUCACAGCUUUGCCUGGAGGCACUUCGUUUUUCAUUCCAGUGGUCCGAGCUGGCUUGCUGGUGCCCAGUGGCUGUUUAGAUGAUCUGACUGAUGCUGCUGCUCUCUCUUAUCUCUGUAGAGAUGGAUGACAGGUUGACUCAUGUAGUUUUCCAUGAGGGCAUUAUUAGACUAUUAGGUGCGUAGAUGCAAAAAUCUUAGACAUCUAGCCUAUAAACAAGUCAGAUUAAGAGCCACAAUGAGGCUGUUCAGUUCCAGUCAGUGUGUCGUGUAGAAUUCGUGACCGGAUUUAAAGUGACGCUGUGUUGUGGAGUCUGUGAACGCAACAGUAAAUGUGUGACGUGUGGGUGGAGCUGUAGGUUCAGACCUGCUGUACCAGCUCUGACUCUGAUCGGGGAGUUGUUACAAAGGAUGCCACCAGUGGAAACCAUGGCAGGGAAGACAUGCAUGGAAAUGCCUCUAAAUGUUUUCUAAAUGUUAUCUGCUCGACCAGACGAGGAGAGACUGAGAUGAAACGAUGCCAGAUACAUUGCUUUCUUUGGUAAACUUACUCUAAACUUGCUAAGCUUUAUGGCGUUUCAAAAAUGACAGACUCUAACUUGAGGAACGAAAGCAACUAUGGAAUCUAUUUUGCUGAGGCAUUCAACGGAUCAGUCCUGGACCAAAUAUUUCCAAACGACAGCAUCACCACAUGCCCGAACUUCACACUGGACUCACAGGUUGUCGGGGUCGGGAUCUUUCUCUCCGUUUUCAUUCUGGUGGCAAUCGUUGGCAACAUUUUGGUUAUCCUGUCUGUGGUGUGCAAUAAACAUUUGCAGACCGUCACAAACUUCUUCAUCGUCAACCUGGCCAUGGCAGACCUGCUGCUGAGCAUUAUAGUGCUGCCUUUCUCUGCAUCUCUGGAGGUUCUAGGAUGCUGGGUGUUUGGCCGGGUUUUCUGUAACAUCUGGGCAGCGGUGGAUGUGCUCUGCUGCACCGCAUCCAUCCUCAGCCUCUGCAUCAUCUCCAUCGACAGGUACAUAGGUGUAAAACACUGUCUGAAAUACCCAACUAUUAUGACAGAGAGGAAAGCGGUGGCUAUUCUAGUGCUGGUUUGGGUGUCAUCCACGGUGAUCUCUGUCGGACCGCUGCUCGGAUGGAAGGAACCGCCGCCGGUGGACGACAGAAUCUGCAGCAUCACAGAGGAGCCGGGCUACGCGCUCUUCUCCUCUCUCUUCUCUUUCUACCUCCCGCUCCUCGUCAUUCUCAUCAUGUAUUUUCGGGUCUACGUGGUGGCCCGCAGGACUACUAAAAGCUUAGAAGCGGGUGUUAAAAGAGAGAGGAACAAGUCGAUGGAGGUGGUCCUCCGGAUACACUGUCGCAGCGUGCUGGAGGACGCGCGUCCGAGCAGCUCGAAAAACAACAAAAACCACCCGUUUCGAAGUUCGCUCUCUGUGCGGCUGAUGAAGUUCUCCAGGGAGAAAAAGGCUGCUAAAACCCUCGCCAUCGUCGUGGGGAUGUUCAUCUUGUGUUGGCUGCCUUUUUUCUUCUUUCUGCCAAUGGGUGCCUUCUUCCCAGCACUGAAGCCAUCCGAAACUGUGUUUAAGGUGAUCUUCUGGCUGGGCUACUUCAACAGCUGCAUCAACCCCAUGAUCUACCCCUGCUCCAGCAAAGAGUUCCAGAGGGCAUUCACUCGGCUCUUCAGGUGCCAGUGCCACCAAAGAAAGAGAGUCCUGCGUCGGUUCUAUGACCAGAGGUGGCGGACAGCUGUCAAGGGAAUGACAAGGGAUCAGAGGGGAGACUGUAAGCCCGGCUAUUCUGCACACGAAUCCUGUGGCAGCUCUUUGUUACACAAGAGGAAAGGGCGCUCACUGAGUUUCAAGAGAUGGAGUCUGUUUCCACCGCUGCAAAAAUCUUCCUUCCAGCUCAAAGAGAAAGUGAACAAUCUGUCAAAUAAAAUCAAGGGAGGACCUGGAAAAGGAACCACACCUUCAGUAGGCCGGAUUGAUAUAGUGGACACAGUCUCUAUGGGGAUUUACAACUCCUGUGAGCAGAGCAGUUAUCAGUUCUACGAUCUGGCAGACUGCUACGGCCUGAAAGAGACUGACAUUUAGAUGGCCACCAGAGAAUGUUUUAUUUAUUUUCAAAGGGCCACGUUGGACCAACAUGCAAGAACGACUGUGAUAGGACAUAAUUUUGUGUUCAAGAUACAUCUGAGAAUCAAAGCUUGAUUAAAGCUGUGGACUGAGAAUGAUGGCUUGAUCCCAGCACAAACAGGACUAACACUUUAUCUUAAUCCCUCUUUCCCAUCGUGUUUAUUUAGAUGAAACGUCUUGUGAGCUGCUCAGAGCCACUUUUUGGAAAUGGACACAGAAGUAGCCAAAUUCUUGGACUUACUUUGACUGCUGUCUCUUGGAAGCAUUCGGCAUCAACAUAACAGCCCACAGUUGACAGGCGCCCGCACUCUCUGCAAGACAUUUAACACAAGCCUUGUUGUUACUGCUUGUUUCUUUAAAUUGUACAUCGGACAAACUUUCCUCAACAAAUCAGCUGACACUUUGUGAUGACUGGUGAUUGCUUUCUUUGACAUUAAACAUGACAUUACAUACAAAUGUAAAGGAUCCAAACAGAUAUUUUUAAAAACUCUAACCGCAAAAGUGCAAUUUUUAUCAUUGUCAGAAUGUCUGGAUUUAAUCAGAUGUCAUCUGUCAGAAUUAAUAAUGGUAUUUGCAGUUUUUCUGUUUUGACAAGGCAUUGUAAAGAUAAGAGGCCGGUUAAGAAUAAAGAUGCUGCACAGUAUUUAUUCUAACUGCCAGAUUUAUAACUUAACUUGACAUUGAUAUGUACAUUUGUUUGAAUAAAACCCACGUGGCUACUUGGCCUGCCUAACUGUAAUUUGCGUUGACAAGUGAGUGCUAAUGUGAAAUGAACACGCUGUUGUUUUUUUGUA